CAGGUGUCUUAUAAACAGACCAGCAGUGCAACUGGACAUACUCUUAUGCAGUCAUGAGGGUCCUCUUUGUUUUCUGUGCGGUCUUCAUGAUGACCUCCCGAUGUGUUCAAGCAAACAACUGGCUGAAGAAUUUUGAAGAGGCUGUGAGAAACCUCAGUGAGGAGGACUUAAGAAAGGUGGACCCACACACAAUCAGAGCUAGUGGCGUCUAUCAUCAGCGUGCUUUCCAGUGUGCCGACAUGAGCCCCUCGUCCUCUGUGCCCACAUCAGUUGAGUUGGUGAAAGCCGCAGAUAUCAAGGUCAUUGCAGCACUGGGGGACUCACUGACAACUGGUGUUGCAGCCAAUGCAUCCAGCAUUGCGGAAGUGCCCAUUGAAUAUCGGCAACUUUCAUGGAGCAUCGGAGGACAGGGGACAUAUGACGAUGUUAUCACCCUUGCAAAUAUUGUGAAGCUCUUUAACCCAAAUGUGACCGGCCCUUCCCCUACGUUCAGUAUUACUGGCCAACCCACAACGCUGAGUCAGACUGGACUUAACCUGGCCGUUACCGGGGCCAACAGUGGUGACUUUCCUGCACAAGCAAGAAACCUGAUUGACACCUUGAAAAACUAUUCAGCCAUUAACUUCACAGACGACUGGAAGCUUGUCACUGUGCUGAUUGGAAUGAAUGAUAUUUGUGACUACUGCAAAAACAAAACACUCUACACUGUGGAUAACUUCAUCAGUAACAUCAACCAGUCUCUGCACAUGAUGAUGGACGAGGUCCCACGGCUGAUUGUGAACGUUGUGCAAAUCUUCACCAUGGAGCCACUGAGACAAGUUCAGAAGCCAACAGAGGCCUGCCAGUUACAAAAAGUCUUCUGUUCCUGUUUGGCGUUACCAGCUGAGAACUCGACAGACCUGACAGAAAUUGUAGCACUCAACCGCGAGUUCCAGACUAAGCUAGAGGAACUCCUCAACUCCUCAACCUUCUUCAAGAAUGACUUUGCAGUGGUUCUUCAGCCCUACCUCUCCAGCACAGACCUACCCAAGUUACCUAAUGGCACGGUUGACUUCAGUUACUUUGCUCCUGACUGCUUCCAUUUCAGUGUCAAAGGCCAUGAGGAGAUGGCCAAAGGGUUGUGGAACAACAUGUUUCAACAGGAUGGUGAGAAAGUCCAGCUGGCCAACCUGACCACCUCUGUGACACUCAUCUGCCCUCCAACGGAUCACCCCUACAUACGCACAAGGCCAAGAGCUCUGAGCUCGGCUGCUACGCGAGGACGUGCUUUUGCCCUUCUGUCUCUCGUCACUUCCCUGGCUGUACUAUUUGGACACUGAUACCUUGCAGUCAUGUCAUCAUCAUGUUUCACCUGAUCUUGUAGGCCUUCUUGGUGUAAAUGUUACAAUGAAGCUGUAAAUAGAUUAGUCUGUAGCCUACUUAUUUAUAUUAUAAAAGUUGUUGUUUAUGAAUUAGUGUCUGCAGUGACCGUCUAGUGCCAGCAGAAGGCAGCAUCUCUCUUCUCCAGUUGACAUGACUGUGAUGUGAUACUCUUUGUGGACUGUAGCCUACAACAGAAAUGUCACUGUACAGUUUAUGUAGGCUACAUGUUACAGCAUUUGACAGACGCAUUUUUCCAAAGCGACUUAGGCCUACAAUAUGUAUAGUGUAAGCAAAGAUCCUUCAUUAC